GGCUCCAGACAGAAAUGGGCAGGGCUCCGUGCGAAGGCGGGAGGCGGAGCGUGGGCAGGCCGUCCCCUGCGAGGUGCGUGCCGGGUAGUAGCCGGCAUGCUCUGCUGGGCCCGAUCCUGCAGGCUUCCCCGUGGGGCGCUCGGUCCCUCCACUCCCAGCUUCUCGAGGGUGCCCGUCAUACGCAGCAGCAGCAACGGCCAAAGGGAGGGCAAGCGGAGGCCGCUACCGCUGUCCUACAGGCUUCUGGACGGGGAGACGACCCUCCCGGCUAUAGUCCUUCUGCAUGGGCUUUUCGGCAGCAAAACCAACUUCAACUCCAUUGCCAAGGCUUUGGCCCAGCAGACAGGCCGGAGGGUCUGUCCCCAGACUCGCCCACCUUGAUCUGCAGUCCCUAUUGGGAUACCUGUGCUGCUCCAUCUCCCCAGGUGCUGACAGUAGAUGCUCGGAACCAUGGUGACAGCCCCCACAGCCCAGAUGUGAGCUAUGAGGCCAUGUGCCAGGACCUGCAGAGCCUCCUGCCCCAGCUGGACCUGGCACCUUGUGCCCUCAUUGGCCACAGUAUGGGAGGAAAGACAGCCAUGCUGCUGGCGCUCCAGAGGCCAGAGCUGGUAGAACGGCUGAUUGCAGUGGACAUCAGCCCAGUGAAGACCACAGGCACCUCAAAGUUUGCGACCUACGUGGCUGCCAUGAAGUCCAUAGACAUCCCAGAUAAGAUGCCCCGCUCCCAGGCUCGAAAAUUGGCCGAUAAGCAACUCAGCCAUGCCGUCCAGGACAUGGCCAUGCGGCAGUUCCUGCUCACCAACCUGGUGGAGGUAGAUGGGCACUUCCAAUGGAGAGUGAACUUGGAUGCCCUGGCUGAGCACUUGGAUGAGAUUAUGAACUUCCCACCACAACAGGAACCCUAUUCUGGGCCAACUCUCUUCCUCCUUGGUGGAAGUUCCCAUUAUGUGUGUCCCAGUCACCACCCUGAGAUUAGACGACUCUUUCCUGGCGCCCGGAUACAGACAGUGCCUAACGCCAACCACUGGGUUCAUGCUGACCGCCCCCAGGACUUCAUGGCUGCUGUCCAAAGCUUCUUGGUCUAAGAGGUGCUGCCUGCAAGAGGAGCAGGAGGUCCCAGGCUUCGUGUCCUUGCAGCCUGUUCAUGUUGCCACACAGGACUCGGGCGCGUACUGAGAGGGCACGGGGGUGUGCAGUGGCGAGGCCUCCAGGUUUAAUGAAUAAAGACAAUUCCCCAAAA